GCCGCCUAUCGCCCGGCCACAAAACACACACAAAAACACGGUAACAACGGCAAGAAACAGCAAGAAGAGCGUGUGCGACGGAUAACGGAAAAAGGCGAGUGGACCAAAUAUGCAAAUGGUCACUAGAUAAAAUCAUCUCAACUUGGCCAGAGACUUGACUGGUUACAAUGGAGUUGCGUGAUUUACGCGCACCCGCAUCGUCAGUCCAUCAAUGCAACAGCAAUUGUGACUGCAACUGCAACAAUUGCAAUCAUGGAGGUGGCACGGCUGGUGUCGGUGUUGGCGCUGGUGAACUGGGCGAUAUAUGCAUUGGUAGCGCCAGUGUCCAACGGAUGCCAACCCGUGCCGAUUUGCUGAUGGAGCAACUGAAUGCUUCGAAUGCGAAAAAGGUGGCGCUGCUGCUUGUCAUCGGAUUUGUGCUCUACCAUGGCCUGCUCAACUGGAACUAUGGCAGCGACUCCUGCCAAUGGCUGCUGUCGAAGGGUCGCUUCAAGGGCGACAACGAGUGGCAGCCCUACGGCUGCAUGAUGCACAAAUACUCCUACACCGAUACGCGACGCUGCCUGCGUUAUUUGGCGUUUUUUGGGAACAAGAAUAACUUUGUGUUCAUUGGGGACCGGAGUGUGCGGCUGCUCUACCAGCGUUUCAUCGAGCAGCUGCAUCUGCCGCAAUCGGAAACGGACCCGGUCACAAAUGAGAGGCAAUCGGAGCAGACUGGCGACACGGACCACGAUACGAAUGGAUCGUCGCGAAUGCAGUCAUCGGCUGCUGGUGCUGGUGUGGCCCGAUUCGAGGAUAAGAAACUGCAAAUGCUGGCGCAGUAUAUACGCGCCGAGGAGGUUAGUCCGGCGCUGAUCGAUCACAUGUAUCAGCUGGAGCAGGAGAAACAGCUGUCCUCCUUCUAUGUGCUGGGCUUCACCUAUGGCACCCUGUUGGCGGGCAAUGUUACCGACGAGGUGUUGCGCCAGUAUAGAUUCAAUCUGACGCUGCUGGUCGCGCCCAUCCAUCGCCUGGUCGCGCAAACAUCGCGCGUCCUCUGGAAACUGACGGAACGUGUCGACGAGGAGAAACUGCCGCCUGCAUGGAAGUUGCUGCUCAACGAUGACAUCGAUCGACUGAACAAUGUGGCGCGCAAUGUCUUUCGGUAUACGGACGCGACAAUUUGGGAGUCAGCCGAUCACAUUGCCAACGGGCUCGUCGAUAAUGCACUCGAUGGCCAUCGGUUGAGUGCCCAUGGUCAGCGGCUGCAGGUGCAAUUGCUGUGGAACAUGUACUGCAACGAUCAGAUGAAUUAUAAUGAUGGCACCUGCUGCAGCAGUGCCGAGCCCCACACCAGUCUCCAGAUAGUGGCAUAUGCACUCUUUGGCGUCUGCAUUACGCUCGUCUGCGGCAUGUGCCUGCGUCGCUGGAUGCUCCAUUUGCGCGGCCAGACACUCUAUGUGCCGCUCCAACAGCAGCCGCCGCCGCCGCCGACCAACAGCGGCAGCAGUCAUCCGCAUCAGCAGUCGAGUCAACAGCAUCAGCAUCAGUCAACACAUCAUUAUCAAAAUCAGCAUCAGCAUCAUCAUGCCCUGGCUGUGCUCAUCACGGACUAUGGCACCCCGCUGGUGGCUCUGUCGCUGCUGGGCGUGAUUAUGGGCUAUUUCUAUUUGUGCGAUCGAACCAAUUUCUUCAUGAAGGAGAACAAAUACUAUUCGGAGUUCAGUUUUUGGAUACCGGUGGGCUAUGUCUUUGCGUUGGGCCUGUUCUUCACCGAGGAUUCACGCUUCACCAAGGUGCUCAACCAGGAUCAGACGGACGAGCUGCGCGGCUGGAUACUGUUGGUGGUGCUCAUUUAUUAUAUGACCGGUGCGCAACGUAUUCUGCCCAUCCAUAUGCACAUCAAGCUGCUCAUCUCCGGCUAUUUCUUUCUCACCGGCUACACACACUUCACCCACGUGUGGCAGACGGGUGGCAGUGGCUCGAUGUUUGUCCGCUUCUUUCAGGCGAUGUUCCGCGUGAACUUCCUCAGUGUGCUGCUCUGCUUCUGCAUGAAUCGACCGUAUCAAUUCUAUUACUUUGUGCCACUGCUCUCCUUCUGGCUGUGCAUCGUUUAUUUUGUGCUAUCGCUGCCGCCACGCAUAACGGCCGCCUCUGUGGAGGCGAAUCCGUUGCACUAUCUGUAUUUGGUGUGCAAGUGCAUUGGCUGUUUGGGCGUCAUAACUGUCCUGUUCAUGUCCGAGGUGUUCUUCGAGCGCAUCUUUGUGACGCGACCGUGGAAGGCACUGUUUGUGACCACAGACGAUGACAUCCACGAGUGGUGGUAUCAAUGGAAACUUGACCGCUACACGGUCACCUUUGGCAUGAUCUAUGCGGCCUGCUUUCACAUUGCCCACAAGUACAAUGUGUUCGAUGACAACAAUCAUGGCAAUCUAUUCUCGCGUCGCACAUCCAUAUCGGUGACACUGCUCGCACUGCUUGGCGUCGGCAUCUAUACGUCCUUCUCGUUUCUGUGCCGCAACGUACAAAACUGCGAGGAGAUCCAUUCAUAUAUCGUCUUCAUACCGAUCAUUGGCUAUAUUGUGCUGCGCAACAUUUCGGGCAUUCUGCGCACCAGAUACUCGAGUUUCUUUGCCUGGUUUGGUCGCAUCUCGCUGGAGCUGUUCGUCUGCCAGUAUCACAUUUGGCUGGCCGCCGAUCGGCACGGUGUCCUGGUGCUGCUGCCGGGCUUUCCCACGCUCAACAUGAUCAUCACAUCGUUCAUAUUCGUGUGCGCCUCGCACGAAGUGCAUCGCCUCACCCAAAUCCUGUUGCCCUAUGCCGUUCCCAACGAUUGGCGGCUCGUCAUGCGCAAUCUUGUCAUAUUCCUCAUUGUGCUCAUUCCGGUGGCCAGAUCCGAUGGCAUGUUCUAAAUGCAAAUCCAAACGAUGCGAUGUCAAUUGCAAUCAAAUUGCCUCUCCUCAAUCAUAUAUAUAUUUUGUUUCCUGUUUCCUGUUUCUAUUCCUGUUGCUGUUGUUUUGGUUGUUCUCGGGUUUCGUUCCAAUUGUAUUCCAAAGUACGCUUUAAUCAAUUAUUAUGCGAGUAUGCAAAAUGAUAAAUCGCAAUUAGAUUUAGGAGGAGAAAAUUAGCUUUACAAAUUGCACAAUAUACUUAUUAAUUAAUGACGUGCAGGAAAUGUAAUUUAAAUGUCGGCAUAUAUAACAAGACACACACACACACACAC